GAAAAUUGGAGUGAGAUUGUUUUGAAAACGAGGCCUUGUUGGAUUGGUUAGUUGUUGGAGACCACAGAAUAGAAAUAGCAAGAUAUUUAUUGAAAUUGAUUAUUGAGACUGAGAGAGAGAGAGAAAAGAUAGAUGGGGCUAGCUACAGUUAGAGCAUUUUGCGUCUGUGCAAACCAACCUCUUCUUCAUCCCCCGGCUCACUGCCAUUUCCUUCCAACCUCAUCUCUUUUCUCCUCCUUUUCUUUUCAGAAAAACUACAAAUUCAAUCUUCAAAAAUCUAUUCAACAUGCUGCAAACUCAAAACUAUCAUGUAGUUUACUCAACGUGGAAAGUGACAUAAAUGAUGAAGCAUGUGAAUUAGUCAGUGGAGAGGAGCUUUCGCUUGAGGACGACGAUGAUAACAUUCACGCUUAUCUCUUCAAGGCUGUCAAAAAUAAUAACGGAAUUGGCCUAUUGCUUCUUUCAGAUAUUUAUGGCUUCGAGGAUUCCUUCACAAGAGAUUUCGCAUAUCGGGUAGCUUGCAAUGGUUUCAACAUUCUAGUUCCUGACUUAUUUCGCGGAAAUCCGUGGACAAAGGAUCAGCCAAACACUCUGUUGGAGCAGUGGAUUGCUAGACAUAACCCUGAGAGGAUUGCAAAAGAUAUUACUGCAUGGACAGAAUGGAUGACAGAUGAAUUCUUGACUUCGGGAGAUUCCAGAAAACUUAGCAUAAUUGGUUUUUGUUUUGGAGGUGGCCUACUGUUAGAGGUGUUAGCGCGAGACGAAGGCGCGUGUUUUGGCACUGGAAUCUCCUUCUAUGGUACAAGGAUAGAUCCUGUUGUUGCUUCUGAUGUAAAAGUUCCUGUCUUGUUUAUUUUAGGGGACAGUGAUCCAUUUUGUGCUGUAAGUGAAAUAGAAAAUAUUCAGAAGAAAAUGGAUAGAGGUUCAAAAGUAGUGAUAUUCCCAGGGAGAGGUCAUGGAUUUGCCCACCGACCGGGAUCUCCCGAAGAAGAUAAGGAUGCUGAAAAAGCUUAUGUAAUUAUGAGAGACUGGAUAUAUGAACACUUGGUCGUGUAAAUAACAGUAGCAUAUGUAUAUGAUUUUUGAGUUUCUAGACUUUACUGUCAACUCACAUUUUGGUUGUAAGAACUUUAAUCUUUAAAGGUUAGUAAGAAUCCUUUGACAUUGUUUGUCUAGAAGGCCUUCAUUGAA